AUGUUUUCAUUGAACAAACUCCUGGUGUUUGUCAUGCUGGUUAGGGUUACCUUUGCUUCUUGCAAGGGCAACACCGGCCUCACCCAGAUGGUGACCUACGUGAAGCGUCACCCCGACUGGACCCGCGAGAAUUUCUGGGCCUAUUGGCAGACGCAGCAUGCUCCAAAAGUUGUGCCGUUAGCCACUUAUUUCAACAUUACUCGCUAUCAACAGGUCCAGGUUGGAGGCCAGAUCCUUCCCACCAAGCCCGGCAGCGAGACACUCGCCUCCAACGAGCUCGUUGAAUUCGAUGGCAUAGCCAUGUUUCUCUAUGAAUCCCCUGACAUUUUGACUGCGAUGCUGUCCCACCCAUACUAUCUCGAGGUUGUUGAGCCGGACGAGCACAACUUCAUUGAUAAGGAGGCUUACGGCGGAGGAAUGGUCGCCACCUUUGUUGGAACCCAUAUUGAGGCUGUCGACAGAGCAAAGGACGUCUGGGUUGGAAACAGCAAGACUCGUGCGGAGUACCGGGAACUUUUCGCAUCAUAUCUCUAA